UGUAUACCCAGAAUGCAGUGCGGCUUCGGCGCAACAACAACACGCCGCCAUUUUCAGCAGUCAGGGCAAGCAUAAAGGCGCAGGGCGCUGCAGGAAUUGGGUCACAGUGCGGAAAUUGGACGAAAACAAGGCGUCUGACGUGCCGUCGAGAGCUGACAGCCACCUAGCACCACUGCGCAUCGACAGAGAGCCUAAUGAAUGUAAUCGACCGGUCUGCUCGAAUGAGGUUUCAUAGCGCAGGGCCGGGUUGAUGUCGAAGGCGAUCUUGUUUUCCCACUGCGCUUCAAUAUAAACACGAUAAAGCAGUAGAAUGAAGAGAGGUCUAAAAGGAGAUGAGGAUUGCAGCUCCUCCGCUGAGGGACCACUGGAGGCCUGUAAGAAAGGGCGGCUGCUGAAUCAGGAGCCCGAUGAAGUCGUUUCCAACUGGGGCCGCCUGCCCCAGGAGAUCCUGCUGCACGUGUUUCAGUACCUGCCGCUGCUGGACCGGGCCUACGCCUCGCAGGUGUGCCGCAGCUGGAACCAGGCCUUCCACAUGCCGGAGCUGUGGCGCUGCUUUGAGUUCGAACUGAACCAGCCUGCGAGCUCCUACCUGAAGGCCACCCACCCGGACCUCAUCAAGCAGAUCAUCAAGAGGCACUCCAACCACCUGCAGUACGUCAGCUUCAAGGUGGACAGCAGCACCGAGUCGGCUGAGGCCGCCUGUGACAUCCUCUCACAGCUGGUUAACUGCUCCCUCAAAACUUUGGGCCUCAUCUCCACAGCCAGGCCAAGCUUCAUGGAAAUGCCAAAGUCACAUUUUAUUUCCGCCUUGACGGUGGUGUUCGUCAACUCCAAGUCGCUGUCGUCCCUGAAGAUCGACGACACGCCGGUCGACGACCCGUCCCUUAAGGUCCUGGUGGCCAACAACAGCGACACGCUUAAGCUGCUGAAGAUGAGCAGCUGUCCUCAUGUCUCUCCUGCAGGGAUCCUCUGCGUGGCAGACCAGUGUCACGGCUUGAGAGAGCUGGCCCUGAACUACCACUUGCUGAGCGACGAGCUGCUGCUGGCGUUGUCCUCAGAGAAGCACGUGCACCUGGAGCACCUGCGCAUCGACGUGGUGAGCGAGAACCCGGGCCAGACGCAGUUCCACACCAUCAAGAGGAGCAGCUGGGACGCCAUGGUGCGCCACUCGCCCAAGUUCAACCUGGUCAUGUACUUCUUCCUGUACGAGGAUGAGUUCGGGCCCUUCUUCCGCGACGAGAUCCCCGUCACGCACCUCUACUUCGGUCGCUCGGUGAGCAAGGACGUGUUGGGCCGCGUGGGCCUGACGUGCCCGCGCUUGGUCGAGCUGGUGGUGUGCGCCAAUGGGCUGAGGCCCCUGGAUGAGGAGCUGAUCCGCAUCGCCCAGCGCUGCCAGCACCUGUCCGCCAUCGGCCUGGGCGAGUGCGAGGUCUCCUGCAGCGCCUUCGUCGAGUUCGUCAAGAUGUGCGGCCGCCGCCUCUCCCAGCUCUCCAUCAUGGAGGAGGUUCUUAUUCCCGACCACAAGUACAGCCUGGAUGAGAUCCACUGGGAGGUGUCCAAGCACUUGGGCCGGGUCUGGUUCCCCGAUAUGAUGCCUACCUGGUAGAUCAUUCCCAGAAGCCUCCUCGAGCUCAGCGUUUCAUCCCGGCACAUCAGUAACCGAGACCCGCAAAUCAGACGACACUAACAGACCCGAUUCUCCACAUAUAUCCUAAAAUGUGGAAUUCAGACAUUUUCUACCUUUGUAAAUGCUGUUAUGGGCCGUUUUUGGUCAGUUAAUAUCCACCCCUUCUUUGAAUAUAUUGAGCUAUGUAUAUACAUUUUAUUUUAAGCUUAUUUUCUCGAUUGGUUUGUGGAAUGUAGUAUGGGCAGUGUGUUUGUGUUAGUUUGUCUGCCGCUUCAAAUACAGCACAUGGAAGGAGCAAACUUUUGCUAAGAGAGAGUUCUUUGGGGGGGGGGGUUACUUUAUUCAGUGACAGAAAGGUAGUUUUUAAAGUCGUCACGUUAUGGUUAUGCGAGUUGGCUUUUUUCAACAAAUGAAGGCAGUGUGCCAUGUGCUGAUUGGCUGAGGGUUAAUGGUCCUGUAAUUAACACCCCAGCCAUGUCAUCACUCUCAGCAUGUGUACUUAAGUUUUUUUUAUCGGUUUUUUUUUUGUCUUGCCACAUAAAAUUCAAAACUUUUUAAUGACAAUUAGUGAAAUGUUUUUCAAGAAAAUUUUAGAAUGUAUUUUCCAUAACCUGAAGCACCUUAUACUGAUACCAAAUGAUGUACAAUAUUAACGAAGGGAUUUCUUUUAAAAUAUUUCAGUAGUGGUCAAAUGACUAGAAUGAAAGCCGGCUUUUCUCUCGCACUGUUUUGUGUUUUCUGUCAUAUGGACUUAUCCAGCUACAAACAAAAAAACGGUGAUAUAAAGCAAUAAAACGAUUCGACAAAAAAAAUAAGCUCCUUACAGACAGGAAUAAGUACCUGAGCGUGGAUGCUGAGUUCUGCUUUGGUACUUUUCAUAGUCUGUGUGUGUGUGUGUGUGUGUGUGUGUGUGUGUGUGUGUGUGUGUGUGUGUGUGUGUACGCUGCCAUUGGCUUUUGAGUAAAUGAAUACAUUAAAACACUUUGGGGGAAAAUCAAAUGUGUAAUUUAAAAAAUUUCGAUAAGCAGAUGUGGAUCUGUUGCAGGUUUUGACUUUUUUUUUUGCCCUUUGCCCAUUGUACUCACUCUGCUGCUGGUGGCUUGGCCUGUAUAUUUACCUUACAGUUUUACUGUUGGGCCAGAAGAGAAGAUAUUUACACUUAAGUUACUACGCCCAAUGACAUUUGGCAAAAUGUUUAUCCUGGUCUAGAGGAGGGGGUCCCGAAGUCCAGGCCGGGGUACAUCCUAGAUGGGGUAGCAGUCCAGGGCUAGUCAGUCUAACUGCACAUGUUUGGACUGCAUGAGGAAAUGUGCUCAGCGUGGGGGGAGCAUGCAGGCCCCAAACAUGUGGAGUAGAGGGUUAGGGUUCAGGCAGCAGUGAAAACCACCCAAAUGAGUGAAAUUCUUUAAUUUUUCCUUUAAGAAGGAAGUUCUGUCUGUUUUGUAUGUAAAAUGCUGUGUGUUUGAGAAUAGAAAUGUAAAUGUAAUUAUUUCACCACUGCACCCUCUGUCAGGGUGUGACCUUUCAUAGUUAUGGUUGGUGUCUUUUAUACACGAGUGGGAUGGCAGUGAUCUUUUCAGUGGAUGGAUUUUCACUUUUUACUUUCCUAGGUACUGGAUUUGAUUUUUUUUUUCUUUGUUAUUUAUUGAUAUAAUACAUCUGCUUUUGUAUUAUCACUGAUCAUUUUAUGUAUAAUUGUAAGUUAGUGUAGGAACGGUGAGUCUUGGUGUAGAUGUGGUGAAAUCUAUAAAAGUUAUGCUAGUGCAGGUAAAUUUAUGUUUAUCUUGGGUUUUCAGUUUGUAGAUAUUUUACGUAUUUGUAUGGACGUCAUAAUCUUAAAAUGAAGAACUGCAACACAGUCCAUCUUCUAAUGGCAACUGGCUAAUAACUUGCAGCCGGAUUUGAUUCAUUUAUUAAUGCCACAACAUUUGGUUUAUAUAAUCUAUAGGACUAGGAUUAGUUUGUGCAGUGCCCGUAUUCACACAAUAUUGGAAGAGAGUCAACAAAUCGGCUUUCAUUCAACAUUGUUGGACCUUUAAAAUUGAUCAGUUGUUUUUUUGCGGAGUUGGAAAGUCCAGGUCCAGUAAAAAUCCAGACCAAGAUUUUGUUCCAACCAACUAAUUGAGUAUGAAGAGUCACAGAAAACUCAACUGGUUGGUUCACACAAAAUUGUGGUCUGGGUUUUCACUUUCUGGACUUGGACUUUCCACCUCUGCAUGAGUGUAGGCAGUACACUUACUUAGAACAUCCUUCCUUUUUCCUAACCCCCGCUGUGUUAGUAAAUUUUGUAUGAGCCUUGAUUAAAAAUUGAAUGCAGGAAAACAAAAAUGUAUAUUUUUCUCAUUGCACUUUACUGAUGUAUUCCCUUCCUUAGUAGCAUUCCCUAAGUUAGUAGCAUUCAGGAUAGUUGUUUCCUAUAUGAGUUGCUGUUUGAUUUCGCUCAUUAAGAGUAAAGUGAGCUGUUAAGACAUUUUUCAGGCUCAAUUUGCUGUUCUUUGCCUCAGUAUAGCAGCUGCUUAGUGAAUUUUACAGAGUAUUGGUAAGUCAUGAAACAAAACCCAGUGUUUGUGGAAAUGCUUUUUUGGGGAAUAAACUUUGUGAAUGUA